AUGGAUAAAUAUACAACUGUCAAACAAUUGGGUAGUGGAUCUUAUGGAGAUGUGUUUCUUGUCAAGAAUAGUAUAGACAAUAAGCAAUAUGUAAUGAAAAAGAUAUUCUUAAAGGACAAGGAAGACUUUGACAACAAGACAAGAGCUCUAGACACUAUAUCAGAGGUCAAACUACUCUCUAAUCUUCGACAUCCAAACAUUGUCGAAUUCUAUGAAUCUUUUCAAUCAGACAACCAACAUAUAUGCAUCAUCAUGGCCUAUUGUGAAGGUGGUGAUCUAUUUUCAACUUUAAAAGCUAGAAACAAAGAGUAUCUAGAGGAAAAGCAAAUUCUUGAUUGGUUUAUUCAAAUUGCAUUGGCACUAUUAUAUAUGCAUCAACAAAAAGUAAUACAUCGAGAUUUAAAGACACAGAAUGUAUUUCUAACUAAGAGGAAUAUAGUAAAGAUUGGUGAUUUUGGAAUUAGUAGAGUUUUGAGUAGUUCGAUGGAUCUCGCUAAAACAAUGAUUGGUACUCCUUAUUAUAUGAGUCCAGAGGUAUUUGAAAAUAAAUCAUAUGAUUAUAAAUCAGAUGUUUGGUCAUUGGGAUGUUGUUUGUAUGAAAUGAUAAUGUUAAAACAUGCAUUUGAUGCAAAGGAAAUGCCAGCUUUAAUAUAUCAGGUGUUAAAAGGUAACCCCGUACCGAUUGUACAACAAUACUCUGAUAAUCUUCGUCACCUAGUGUCGAUAUUGUUGGAAAAGAAUCCUGCACAACGACCUUCGAUUGCAGAUAUAUUUCAAAUGCCAUUUAUCAGAACUCAUAUGGAAAAUGCUUUAAAAUCAUCAUUUAAAUCAAAGUCUCCUCCAACCUCUUCACCUCCAAUAUCAUCUCCAAGUAUGAUAGGUAAACAACAAAUAUCAUUUAGAGGUUUAAUUAAUUCAAAAGAACAACAACAACAACAGGCAAAUAGACAACAACAGCAGGCAAUAGAAUCACCUCAACUACCACAAUUACCUCAAAUUCAAGAUAAUAGUGGAGGUAGCGGAAGGCCAAAAAGAAAUAGUUUAAAGUUAUCAUCUUCAAAAAUUAAUCAUCAACAUCAACAACACCAACAACAUCAACACCAACAACAACAACAACAACUAUCACCUCAAUUAAAUAAUAAUAAUAAUAAUAAUUUGGAUUCAUCAUCAGUUUUAUUGGAUCAACCUACACCUCCGUCACCAAAAAAGGAUGGGUCUUUGCGACGAAGUAGACAUGGUCAACAACAUUAUAAUGUUGAUCAAAAUAGUAACCAUCAAGAAGAUCAUCAUAUUAGUAAUAUUCCAAAUAUUAAUAUAAAUAAUAGUAAUGGGAAAAUACCUUUGGAACAAUUCCAACAAAUUAGUAUAGAAGAUAAUAGUAAUAAUAAUAAUAAUAAUAAUAAUAAUAAUAGUGAAUUGGAAGAAGAUGAUGAUUUAAUAUUAUCAAUGGAUACAGCUACUGGUAAUAAUAUAAAUAGAUAUUGUAAAUACAUAAAUAAUAAUAGUAAUAAUAGUAAUAAUAGUAAUAAUAGUAAUAAUAGUAAUAAUAGUAAUAAUAGUAAUAAUAAUCAAAAUCAACAACAACAAAAUAAUUAUUAUAGUAAUUAUUUUAAUAAUUAUUUAAAUAAUAGUAGUAAUGGUAAUUUAAAUUUAAAUUAUAUGAUACAAAAUGGUGGUGGACCGAUUGGAUCAUCAUUUAGAGAAUGGCAUCCAAGACCAAAGACUGCAUCCUCUUCAUCUGCUCUUGAACAAGAAAGAGAGAGAGACAUGCAACCUUCAACCAAUCUUUUCAGUCAACUAAAGGGACGUAGAGGUUCACUUGGAUAUGAUCAACCAACUAGUUUUAGUCAUGGAAAUCUAUUAAACAUUGAAAAGGAAAGAAAGUUUUUAAAGGAUUUAAAAUCAAAUAAUAAUAGUAAUAGUAGUCCAAGUAUUGGUAAUAAUAAUAAUAAUAAUAAUAACCCAAAUAACAACAAUCCAGAAGGGAUGAGAAUAUGGGAAAGAAGAUUUAUUAAAUCGCCUGUUAUAUCCCAAGAAUCACCAGAAUUGGAUGGGUAUAAUAAUAACAACUAUAAUAAUAAUAAUAAUAAUUUAGUGAUUGGAGGUGGAAGAACCAAUAGAAGUAGUAGUAAUGGUGGAGAUCCAUAUCUAUAUGAACCAACUACACCACCAGUCAUAUUUGAUCUUCCAGCAAGACCAAAAACAAGUAAUGGAUUUAAUAGUGGUAAUUCCAAUAGUGCACCAGCCUAUUCGGGAGGAUCAUUGUUUAAUCUAAUGUCAUCUUCAUCUCAAUCUACACCUUCCUCUUUAUCAGAGGUAGAUAUUGAUUCGCCUGUAACCAAUAUUGUACAUCAUAAUCAUCAUCCCUAUAAUAAUAAUCAAAAUAAUCAUAGUAAUAAUAAUUAUAGUAAUAACUAUCAACUACAACCUCCACAACAACAAUACCAUCAUCACCAUCAACAUCAUUUUAAUUCAUUAAAACUUAGUGUGAGUAGCCCUCAGUUGCCAUACUAUGAGAAACAAAUGGUUAGGGAAUUUAAAGAAACUCAUUCCAAGCGUAUGGAAGAUCAACAAGACUCUGAUCAAGUUAUUCAUUGA